AUGUGUAUUGAAAUAGUCGAGCUUCGUCAUCUCGUUCAUGGAGGCGCUCCCCAGGCGCGGCUCAUCGGCAGCUGGCGACUUGGUGAUCCCGGACGGACAAGGAGAAGCACGUCUGCUUUUCCGGACGUUCGGCAGGCAGCACAUGGGCAUGGCGACGUCGACAUGGGCAUGGCAGCGACACAAGGGGCAAUGGCAGAAGGCGAGCUGGUGCUUGCUCCCCCGCGUUCCAACGCAAUGCGACGAUCGGCGGGCAUGAGUCGCAUGCUGGUUAGUGUCAUGUGGGCGUGGAACGAAAUGACAAUGAGACUCAGACUCCAGGAAACUAAGACUCCCCCAACUCCUCCUGGCCCCCGCGAUCAUGGUCCCCCGCAUCUCGGUGCCCCGGGCGCUCGCGCGGAGAAGCUGUUGUGA